UGCAGUUUUGGACCUAACAGCUUUGAACGCUAGCUAAACCUUGUUUACUUGCGACAUUUCCCAUGGCGUUUUGUUUCACUGAACUUGCUUCAAGCUUAUUCGGCGCAGCUUAUCGCAAACCCAAACCCUUCACUACUCUUCUUUCCACCAACACAAAAAUCAAAAGAACUAUUCAUUUUCAACCGUUAAACUCAUCUCCAAUUUCUACAAUCUUCCUUAACAACAACCAUCACAAACUCACUCGCCUCUCAUCAUCCACCUCAUCUCCGCCUCAAACCACCGAUGACUCCGACGACGUCUCCACCGUUAUUCCACCUGAUAACCGCAUUCCUGCCACCAUCAUCACCGGUUUUCUUGGUUCCGGCAAGACAACACUGCUAAAUCAUAUUCUCACAGCGGAGCAUGGAAAACGAAUUGCGGUUAUUGAAAAUGAGUUUGGUGAAAUUGAUAUUGAUGGUUCUUUAGUUGCUGCGAAAACGGCCGGUGCUGAAGAUAUUAUGUUGUUGAACAAUGGCUGUCUUUGCUGUACUGUGAGGGGUGAUCUUGUUAGAAUGAUUUCUGAAUUAGUCACUUCCAAGAAAGGAAAAUUUGACCAUAUUGUUAUUGAGACUACUGGUUUGGCGAAUCCAGCGCCGAUAAUCCAGACCUUUUAUGCUGAGGAUACUAUUUUUAAUGAAGUCAAGUUGGAUGGUGUUGUCACUUUGGUUGAUGCGAAACAUGCUGGUUUGCAUCUUGACGAGGUUAAGCCAAAAGGUGUGGUCAAUGAGGCAGUAGAACAGAUUGCAUAUGCUGAUCGAAUAAUCGUAAAUAAGACUGAUCUUGUUGGCGAAUCAGACAUCACUUCUUUGGUCCAGCGGAUUAGGAAAAUAAACAGCCUGGCCAAUUUAAAGAGGACGGAGUAUGGAAAGGUGAACUUGGAUUAUGUUCUUGGCAUCGGAGGCUUUGAUUUGGAGAGGAUUGAGAGCGCUGUUAAUGAUGAAGGAUCAAAAGAUGAAGAUCACGCCCAUAGCCAUGACCAUGACCAUGAACACCAUCAUCAUGAUCAUCACCACCAUCACCAUGAAGAUUCACAUGACCACAAGCAUGAUCAUCACGCUCAUGAUCAUAGUCACGAUCCUGGCGUUUCAUCAGUGAGCAUAGUUUGCGAAGGAAACUUAGACCUUGAGAAGGCUAACAUGUGGCUUGGUACCUUAUUGAUGGAACGUAGUGACGACAUUUAUAGGAUGAAAGGUCUUCUAUCUGUUCAAGGAAUGAAUGAAAGAUUUGUCUUUCAGGGAGUUCAUGACAUAUUUCAAGGUUCACCAGAAAGGUUGUGGCAGCCAGAUGAGCCAAGGACAAACAAAAUUGUUUUCAUAGGGAAGAACUUGAAUGCUGAGGAAUUGGAAAAGGGGUUCAAGACCUGUUUGCUGUGAUACUAAGAAGUUUAGUACAAUGUCCUUAAUCCUUUAUUCUUUUUGAUGGUGCAUGUCGUAUAUGAGUCUGUCUAUAUACGAUACAGAAUGAUGAACCCACUUACUAUAUGAAUAGUGAAAAAUGUUUUCCAUUUCUAGAAUACCUUCAUCUUUCAAUGAAGGUUCAGUUUCAUUCCUAAAAUCGUGACUGCAUAAAUAUAAAAUAUUUUAUGUUGUA